AUGAUCUUGUACAUUAGUUUGUGCUUCAUUUUAGUAGUUUUAGCGGACCCUUUGCCCGGCAAGCAUGUACCACUCGAAAGCUACGAGAGUGAACUGGAGCGAGAGCACGCGCUGCCCACGUCCGUCCCGAAUGCAGACAUACUCAAGACUAACAAUAAUCCCACCUAUCACAAGCCCAGGCCUCCCGCCCACCACGGCGCGGCUCUACUGGCGGGUGUCGGCGCGGUGCCAUCGUACGCGCCGCCUGGACGCGCCUUCUUCACGCCGCCCUUGCCGCCCGAGUACCGAAACCCCUUUGCUGAUAAGCCGACACUUAGAGGCACAAACACAGAUGGGAACAGUUAUCUCAACCGGCGGCCUAUCCCUCCUCCGUCCCUUGGGCCUGGUCAUGAACGGAUACCAAUCAGACCACCUGGACAGGAAACGUCCUCCCCACAAGUGCCGGCGCCGCCGCCCUUACCGCCUGCGGGAAUCGAACCGCAGAAGAAAAAAGCACUCAACACACCCAGUCAUAAGCCUGACGAAUUAGACGACAAGCAUGGCACUGACCAAGCCAACUUCACAGACUUUGUGCCAAGUUCUCUUAACAUACCAACAAUUUCCAGGAUAUUAUCUGGAUCCAAUGGAAGGAAAGAAGAUAUACCAGAUGUCCUACUCAGGACUGUGACGGCCAAACCGCAACACAAACAGGAGAAAACGUCGAAAAGUGACACGCAUGUGACAAAAGACGUAGUAACCAUUAGUGAUAACAAAGAAUCAUCUACAGAAGGUGUAUUAGCAGUGCUCGACCCAGAAAUGAACAAUUUAGAUAGACCGCUUAUUAUAGAACAAAGUGAAACUAAUACUAGAAGGAACUUACAAUACGCAACAAACAAACAGAUAGAUAAAAAUGACACCAAAAAAGACGAUAUGUUCACUCCAGCUACAACCAUAGGAUUCGAAUUGAGCGAUCCCGAUAUGUCGUCAGAUAGAUAUCAUAACUUGGCCAACGUGAAUUCUGAUAAGAAAGUCAGUACUAAACAAGAUACCAAAAGUGUUGGGCCAAUGCAAGAACCAGACGAUACUUGGCCGUUUUUGUGGAAGUGUCACAUAGGUUUGAUGGUGAUCAUGUUCACAGUCUUGGCUGCGUACUCAAUUGUUAAAAUCAUCCGCUACAAUAAAUUCACUCAUAUCUUCUCCCAAUGCUAUUUCAUGACGCUCCACUUGCUAUUAGUUCUCAUAUGUAUAAUAAGAAUUUUCUACAUAUGUUACGACCCUUAUAACAUUAGCCACUCAUUGCCAGUCUUCUUAAAUGCAAUACUGUUGCAUGUACCCGAAAUAUUUUUGACCAUAGCCUUUGCGUCCACAAUUUUGUUUCUGCUAAAACAUAUCAAUAUACGAACAGCUUGUUGCAAUUUCCUAUUUCGUGCAAGAACUAUCAUAAUAGGCGGUACAUUACAUUUGUUAACUUGUAUAACAUUACAUUACGUUGAAAACGUAAUUAAAACUCCGAAUGGAGGCGAAGUAAGAGUUCUAGGUCUUACUUGUCAGAUUAUAUUUGUCAUAGCGUGUUUUACGCUGGGUUUGCUCUAUCUGUAUGUGUAUAAAAGUCUCAGAACGGUCUUACAAACAAAAAGCCACACAUAUACUAAUGGUCAAAACCUAAAUCAAGUGAUUCGAAUAAAUAUGGCCACAGCAUUACUCUUUAUUGUGAUGGCGCUCCUUCAAAUAAUAGGUAUAUUCACAGUGAAUCCGUCAACUAAAUUCGGUUGGUUGAAAUUCGGUUAUCAUUUUUGCUUGUUAGUUAUCGAAGUUAGUAUAGGAGCUCUUAUUUCGUGCGUUAUCAGUUGGACAGUGAGUCCAGCUGGGUCUAUACCGCAUGAAAAAGCCGACGGUCAUAAGAUACCUGUGCUAGGCCAUUUUCCUUGCGCAACUGGUUCUAGUAAUGAACAAUUUGAAACUGAUUACCCGGCUAACUGUAACGCUAACACAAACUUACAUACAUACACAAUGAAAACAGGGAAACCGAUAUACGAAACGGCUGGCCACCACCCAAACAUCCCAGAACAAUGCUGCGGUCCGAUAGAUCAUCAAAGAUUUCAAUUAAAUACGCUAGCUGGCGCUUUCGAUACUAAUUCCGGUACAGAAAACUACUCGGGACACAGCUCAAUCGCCAAUGCCGGACAUAGCAGCUCUACAGAAUCUAGCAACGCAACGUCUAGUCAAGGAGUUACAAACCAUUUGAUGAAACAUCAUCAAAAUAUCGGCUAUAAUGGCAUUGAAUCUGCAUCAGAUGACCAUUAUUCGAACUGCGAUCCAACUAUGCAGUCUUUACAAGGCGACGAUCCGUUAGACCAUGAAUAUAACGUAAUACAGUAUGGCAGCAACAGUGAUUUCAUUAGAGAUAUCAAGAACCAAAACUAUAACGCAAAUUCGAAUCGUAGCUCGCACAAUUUCAAACAUAUGUCCUAUGAAAGAGUGUCGUCUAGAACAAACAGCAAUCCACGUAAAAAGCAAAGAAUAAAGAACAUGAAUGUUCAAAAUAUUAUGACAAUGGGAUACGAUCCAGCAAUGAGUCACCAUUACCAUCAACCCCAUAUAGAUGAUUAUGGGAAUUAUAACGCUGAAAACGCGUCGUAUCAUGCGUCUGGGAUACAAACUCUGAACCCAAAUAGAAGUUAUGAAGGACAACAAAUAAGAGGUUCCCAACGUCGGAACUCACCGUCUACUUCGAUGGUUAAUUCGAGCGGCAGUCAGAAACGUGGCAAAAACAACGGGUUCCCAGAUAGACCUAAAUCGACGGAUUUGUACGGAUUUUCCGAGGAAUCCAAUAACUAUCCAAUAGGGACCCCUCAACCAGCGCCUAGGAAUUGUGGUUACGAAGCAUAUUCGCAACCGCAAGACGAAAUAAACCCAAACGAAACCGGGGCAAGUAUGCUAGUCGCCCAAGACGGUUUCGUCAGGUUUAGACCCCUAGAAGACGGCCCACAAACC